GACGCCUGCGGGCCUGGGCGCGCGGGCAUGGGGGUGACGGUGGACGUGCGUCAGGUGUACAAGUACCCCUUCGAGCAGGUGGUCGCCAGCUUCCUCCGAAAGUACCCCAAUCCCAUGGAUAAAAAUGUCAUCUCUGUAAAAAUCGUGGAGGAAAAAAGAGAUGAAUCAACAGGGAUCAUCUAUAGAAAGAGGGUUGCAGUCUGUCAGAAUGUGAUUCCAGAAAUUUUAAGGAAGGUGAGCAUUUUAAAGGUACCUGAUAUCCAGUUAGAAGAGGAAUCAUGGCUUAAUCUUCAGGAAAGAAACAUGGCUAUACGGAGUCACUGCCUUACGUGGACACAGUAUGCAUCCAUGAAGGAAGAGUCUGUCUUCCGCGAAAGUGUGGAAAAUCCAAAUUGCUCUGGAAACUGGGAAGUUCAAGAUCUAGGCAAUGGCAAAUCUGGUGUCUGA